UGUUGUAGCGCUCCGCAGUUGUUGACUUGUUUCGUCGUAGGCUCCGAUUGGACCGAUCUGAUCAGAUUUUGAAUCGAUCGCAUUGAUUUCGAAACGCAGACUCUUAAUCGGGAACUAGCCGAAUGCACAAGAUCAGAUCGAAAACACGCUGACAAUUUAAUUAUAUACCCUAAAACCUGCAAAAACGUGCGCUCUUACGUCGGCCGUGCGAGUGUGUGUGUGUGUGUGGUGAGCUCUUCUCUCUACCGCCCCCACCCCCUUCGCCCACGUUUCGCUCAGCGCGCAAAAGUAAAUUUUAGUGCAAAUAAAUUGCUUUGCUUAUCUCGAAGCGCGCGCUCGCAUGAUGAACGCAGCUCUGUGCGUGAGUGUGUUUGUGGGGAGUGAGUGUGCGAGUGUUGUUAAUUAAUUUACAAAAGUCGCUCCUGUUUGGCGAACAACAGAGAACAACAAUAACACCAGAAGAGGCAGCGAGAAGUGCGAAAACGAAAGAAAAACAACAACGGACCUGCUAACGGCAGUUGCAUGUGGGCCACUUCGCCCACCCAACCCCCACCCUAUCCCUCGCUGGCGGAAAACGAAAGUUCUUUUACAUGUAACACAGCAAGACUCUCAGAAAGGAGAAGGAGAGAGCGCAGAGCCCUACGCAGAGCGUGAGCGAAACAGAAGCGAGAGCACCAAUGCAGGAGAGCGACAUUUGGCCUUGAACUUGCGGACGUUAUACAACAAAUCUCAGGUGGAAGCAGCAGUGUCAACGUCAAUGUCAAUUCCCAUUAACUGCAUACAAUAAGCCAAUGUACAAAUCCGUAAUAUAAGUGAUCCACGCGAGUUCUCUAGGACUCUGUUUUGGGUAGUCACGGGAUGCUCGUUGAACACUGGCCAUAGAUUUUCUUUCGGAGCGAAUUACUGCAGGGACAGUUGUCUCCCAUAUAAACUCAAUCUUUUGUACCUGUUGUGUCGGCAAAAUUGCUGAAAGCGAGCUCCCCGAAGAAGUUACCUGAGGACAAUUUAUACGGAAACACAAUUAUAUAAAAUUAUAUACACAACUAUAUACAAGUAGAACUUGCCGUUUUAACAAGCCGUCCACUUUUAAAACAAACAUAAGGGAUUAUAUAUAGACAACCUAUAUAAAUAUGCCCCACGUCUGCCACGCCAGGAAGAGCCACAGCAAUCCGCAGGGCAGCAACUAACGGAGUUUUCCCGCCAGCUGCCGGAAAUCCAGUAGCAAAUCCAGCAAACCAGCGACCCAGUCAGCAGGAAUCAGCCAGCCGAGCCGAGCACAAGGACACCACCAUCUCCGUUUCCAUCGCAGAAGGAUAGGAAAUCUGUUGCCAUGGGCCGCAAAAAAAUUCAAAUAUCACGCAUCACCGAUGAACGCAAUCGGCAGGUGACCUUCAACAAGCGCAAGUUCGGCGUGAUGAAGAAGGCCUACGAGCUGUCCGUGCUCUGCGACUGCGAGAUCGCCCUGAUCAUCUUCUCGUCGAGCAACAAGCUGUACCAGUACGCCAGCACCGACAUGGAUCGCGUCCUGCUCAAGUACACCGAGUACAACGAGCCCCACGAGUCCCUCACCAACAAGAACAUCAUCGAGAAGGAGAACAAGAACGGCGUGAUGUCGCCGGACUCGCCCGAAGCCGAAACGGACUACACACUCACUCCGCGGACGGAGGCCAAGUACAACAAGAUCGACGAGGAGUUCCAGAACAUGAUGCAGCGCAACCAGAUGGCCAUCGGUGGUGCUGGUGCCCCUCGCCAGCUUCCAAACAGCAGCUACACGCUGCCCGUUUCUGUUCCGGUGCCGGGAUCCUACGGCGACAACCUGCUGCAGGCCAGUCCACAGAUGUCCCACACCAACAUCAGCCCCCGUCCAUCGAGUUCGGAGACGGAUUCAGGUGGGAUGUCCCUGAUAAUCUAUCCAUCGGGUUCCAUGCUGGAGAUGUCGAACGGCUAUCCGCAUUCACACUCGCCGCUUGUGGGAUCACCGAGUCCUGGUCCCAGUCCUGGCAUAGCCCACCACUUGUCCAUUAAGCAGCAGUCGCCGGGCAGCCAAAACGGACGAGCUUCCAAUCUAAGGGUCGUCAUACCGCCCACAAUUGCGCCCAUACCGCCCAAUAUGUCAGCGCCGGAUGACGGGGGAUAUGCAGAUCAACGACAGAGCCAGACAUCGCUUAACACGCCAGUGGUCACGCUGCAGACGCCGAUUCCCGCCCUCACGAGCUAUUCCUUCGGGGCGCAGGACUUCUCCUCAUCCGGCGUAAUGAAUAGCGCGGAUAUCAUGAGCCUCAACACCUGGCAUCAGGGACUGGUGCCGCACUCUAGUCUCUCGCACCUGGCUGUCUCGAAUAGCACGCCGCCGCCCGCCACCUCCCCCGUCUCCAUAAAGGUCAAGGCUGAGCCGCAGUCGCCGCCGAGAGAUCUUUCCGCCAGCGGCCAUCAGCAGAACAGCAAUGGUUCCACGGGCAGCGGCGGAUCCAGCAGCAGCACCAGUAGCAACGCCAGCGGAGGAGCAGGAGGCGGUGGAGCCGUCAGUGCAGCCAAUGUCAUCACGCACUUGAACAACGUCAGUGUCCUGGCGGGAGGUCCUUCGGGGCAGGGAGGAGGAGGCGGAGGCGGCGGCAGCAACGGGAAUGUCGAGCAGGCCACCAAUCUUAGCGUACUGAGCCACGCGCAGCAACAUCACCUGGUCAUGUCCAACUCGCGGCCCUCGUCCACGGGCCACAUCACACCCACUCCAGGGCAUGAUAAGUAUGAAGGAUAUCCGUACCGCGCUCUAAUGGGACAUAAUCCUAGAUGGAAUUUUGCCGGUGCGCCGAGCAGCGACCAGGAUGUGCGUCUGGCAGCCGUCGCCGUGCAGCAGCAACAGCAGCAGCAACAUCAGCAGCAGCAACUAGGCGACUACGAUGCCCCCAACCACAAACGGCCGAGAAUAUCGGGCGGAUGGGGCACAUAGCCGGCACGAGCUGCUGGUAGCAGCCACUACAAGCCACAUCACAACAACCACACCGGCUGCAGCAGCAUCAACGGCAGCAACACCAGCUGCAGCACCAACAACACCAUCACCAGCAGCAGCAGCAACAGUAGCAGCAGCAGCAACAAGAAGCCGGCGGAGUGCGACGACCUGGUCAUGAUGCCGCCACCGCCUCGUAAGGAGAUAGGUCGCAGCUCCUACAGCCUCCUGCAGUCCGGCUACGACUGCUAUGGCCAGCAACUAGCGGUGGCCUACGGAGCGCAGCAGCACCCAUAGCCCCCGCGUCCUCCGUUUCCGGACCAGUGCAAUAGUUGAGAGAGGAAACAGGAGGCAGUUUUGUUUUGUUUUCGGAUUAAGCGAACAGUGACAGUGUCAUAUCUAUAGUUAUUGUAACUUAAAUGAAUUACGAUUACACACCUACGGUAAUAGUUAUAAUUUUAAAUUAUAAACGCAGAGCUGGCGGGGCUGCCGCCGCGUCCUGCCGAGAAAUUUGAGCAGGUUAGAGUGUUGAGCUGAUUUAGUUUAGUUACAAUUACAAAUACAAAUAAUUACACGAGUACGGUUAAAGUUAAUGUUAAAUCUAAUCGUAGGAAUGAAAUCAUGCAGACAAACAAAAAGCAAAAAACAAAAAACAAAACGGACUCGAUUGAUGGAAGAGCUCUUUAUGCUGUACAUAUUUGAUUUUAGUGUCAUAAGUUUUAAACUUAGUUCGUAGGGAACUACGAGAUACGUAAACCAUGCAAGUCAUACGAUGAAACGAUGGAGAAACUCUAAGCAAAACACAGACCCUCACGCAGAUGUACUCAGUGUUCUAUCAUUAUUUGUAAUUCUGUGCAAUUUAUCGUCAAUUUUUAGUUUUUUUCUGGAGGUUCUGGAGUUCAUCAUCGAACCAAAUACGUUUUUUGAUGGUUGGCUUAAUUGAUUUAGGCCGAGAUCACAGCCUUGUGCAAGUAUGCAUACACACUUAUUAUUUAAUUUAGUUCCGAUUUAAGCGAUUAUUUAAUAGACACUUUUCUCUUCAUCUCUUAAGCGAAACGAAGUCAUAAUUUGUAAUUUAAAUUUAAAGUGGAUUUCUAUUCAAUUUGAACUGUUUCAAAUUCUUGUGCCUAAGUUUUGUAAUUUUUACAUUUAAAUGCAGUUUGUAAAACAACAACAAUCGCAACAGCAACAACAACUCAACAAAAUAUAAUUUAAAUAAAAUUAUUCGAGCAAUUUUUCGUUGUC